AUGCAGGACGCUGCUGGCAAUGGCCUGCUCCAGAUUGCAGCUCUCGGUGGACACUCCAAGGUCGCGGAAAUACUUUUAGAUCAAGGAAUCAAUAUCAAUUCUGUUGACCGUAACCACGGCACCGCAUUGCAGGCUGCUAUCUACAUGGGGGGGAAGGGUCCGAAUGAGGUCAUUCGAUUGCUCCUCGAUUGGGGUAAAGCAAAAAUCCCUGAUGGCAGAGUCAGAGACAAGAUCAAUGUCAAUACGAAGGGCGGCUACUACGGCUGUGCUCUGCAGGUCGCUGCAUAUAGAGCCAACUCCGAACUGGUGUGCGAGCUUGUCAAUGAUUGUAAUCCUAAAGCAGAUGUGAACAUUGCUGGCGGGAAAUUCGGCUUUCCUCUUCAAGCGGCAGUGCGGACUGGUCGCCGAGCUGUUGUCAAGCCCAUACUCUCCGUUAAAUCAGAUCCAGUGAACAUCAAUGCCAAGGGGGGAAAAUAUGGAACCACAUUACAAGCUGUAGCCAGGGGAAAGUACAGAACGAGGGAGAAAUUGCCAGAGAUAUCUCGAGGACAGGUUUUGAGUCAGAAAGCACAAAGCUCACUAGGUAAACCCAUCGACCUUCACAACAACGCUAGUGAGGAAGACUACCGUGAAGUUGCCAAUAUGCUGUUUGAAAACGGUGCAAAGAUGGAUGGCGGGAGUGGAAAGUUGGACAACCCCAUCAAUGCAGCUGCAAGCUCUGGAGACCCGGCAAUGCUUAAAUUAAUGCUGAAGCAUUGUGAGAAACCGGACCUUCCUUGGAAGGAAGACAAGGGCAGAGUAUUGACAAAAGCAUUGCUGACUGCGAUCACCCUGUCACCCGAAAAAUCUCCUGAGAAUCCUCCUGAGAAGCAGUUAGCGUUGGUUAAAUUACUUGUCGAGAAUGGUGCCAACAUUCAGUAUAAAAUAUCUGGCUCCUUAUCC